CUCCCAACUUUGACGACUGAGGACGACAACCUAGCGGAAACCGACCAACGACACCAUCAACCUCCCUUCACCACUGCCAAAAUGACCAAACUCAAUGCCGGCAUCUCCGCGUCCAGGAGAAAGUCCAGAAAGGCACACUUUAGCGCCCCCUCUUCCGUCCGCAGAAUUAUAAUGUCGGCACCUCUCUCGAAGGAGUUGAGAGAGAAGCACAACGUCCGUUCGAUCCCCAUCCGCAAGGAUGACGAGGUCGUCAUCACCCGUGGAUCUCUCAAGGGCCGUGAGGGAAAGGUUGUCUCGGUAUACCGUCUCAAAUAUGUCAUCCACAUCGAGCGCGUUACCAGGGAGAAGGUCAACGGCCAAUCGGUCCCCAUUGGAAUUCAUCCCUCAAAAGUUCAGAUUACCAAACUGAAGUUGGAUAAGGACCGUGAGUCAAUCCUGGAGAGGAAGGGUGGAAAGGCGAAAGAGAGCGAAAAGGGCAAGAACAAGGAGUAAACGGUGGCCUUCUUUUUCACUUUUUCACUUCCCUCUUCGUUUGUCGACAUAAACAAAAAAGUAAAUUUGUUCCACUUAGCGGGGGAUUAUGGUCUAAAUAUCCCCCCCCCCUUUUUUUUACAUUUAUGGGGUGUUUUACGGUCUUCUUUCCUGUUCGAAUCGGGUUUUCAUUUCUACUCGGUGCGCUUAUGCUGCGGAUCGGAUUCACAAGUGUGAUAUUAGGCGCGGGAUAGUUGGGGGAGGACUCUUAUCCGAGAUGGAUAUUUAAGAUCUUCA